AUUAUUAAAAUAACAAUCAAUAUUAAUUAAGCAUAAAAAAUUUACGUAACGUUAAAAGUGUUUAUGGAUUCUUAUUUAGCUUCUUAAUUUAUCAAGAAAUUAUUAUUUCACUUCCAGAUCACCAUCACAGUCUAAAUGAUUUGUCUAGAUAGCAAGAUGAAAGUUCAGUGUUAUGCAAUCAUUUUAACGAUGGCAUAUGUUGCAUCUACAACACUUGCUGAUACUUCGUCUUCAAAUGCAUCACCUGAGAAAGCAACAGGAAGUUUGUCAGCUGGUAUUGUUGAUGCACAGCGAGUGGAACGCUCACCGAAAUACGAUUUCGGAUUGGGGAAGAGAAGGUACAUAAUAACGACGGGUGGUCCUGGGAAAAAGCGGUUACCACACUACAAUUUCGGCCUUGGCAAGAGAUCAAAUCCCUACGCCUACAACUUUGGUUUGGGAAAACGUGCCGAUAUUGACGAUCCUUCAAAUUACGAUGACGACACAGAAUUCUACUCUGACUCGAAUAAUUACGAUAAAGCAGGCUUGAACUUGGAGAAUUGGCAGAACGGUGGAUUGAUGGACAAUAAGAAUGAUAUCGACGUUAUUGAUUAUGACUUGGGAUAUCCUAGGGAAUAUAAACGUUCACCGAGACCGUAUAGCUUUGGGCUUGGAAAGCGACGACAGUACGAUUUUGGCUUAGGAAAGAGAAAAUACAGCAAUGACGAAUAUGACACCAAUAAGAGACUUCCAAACCGAUACAACUUUGGCUUAGGCAAACGUUAAAAGAUGCUUCAAGCAGCCAAAUGAUGUAGAUGACUAAAGCUCAUGCUCAAUCGCCAACUCUUUUCUUGAAAGAUCGUCAAAAAAUUUCUACAUAAAAAUGUUUUAGAAGAAAUAUCCCUGAAGAUUUGUUUCUCCCAUAAAAUCUAGAAUGGUUUUGUAUUGUGACUUUGUUCAGUAUUUGAUAACCUGCCGUAGUAUUUCUCACCCACUACUCAUCAUGUUGUUAUGUAAAUAAUCAACAAACAUCAGUAAAUGUUGGAUUCACAGCCAACAAAAGAUGGAAUAAAAAGAAUGGAAAGUUUUGCGUUUUUUGUUCUUUCUCAGUUUCAUGUCUUUUGAAAACUAUAAAGUCGCAUACAAAAUGAAGCUUCCAUCAAAGAAUAUCAUGUAACAAAAGAAAAAUUUAAUAUCUAUUACAAACAAAAGAUUAAAAAACAUAUUUUUGUGCAUAUAUGAUUGUGAAAAAUUGUUGAGAGAUAAAUAUGAGAAAAUCAUAAAAAUUAUAAUCAUUCAUUGAAGGAAAAUGAUUAAAUUUUAAGGAAAUUUUGAGAAUAUUUAACAAAGUUAAGCUUUCGUGUCGUUUUUCCAUCGUCAAAUCAAUUAUAAAGGGUUAAGGUGAUCUACAAAUCUUAAAAUACAACAUAAAACCACAAUCUUUAACAUGCAGGGGGAUCUUGAUGGAAAAACUUCACGAAAGCAAAGAAAACUUAAACAGCCCAAAACAAAAGUCUUGUAAAUUUAACUGAAACGCCAUGUCACAGAGAAAGAAGAUUAAAGAUGCCAAUUAUUCAAAAAAAAGGAGAUACAUUGAAACAAAUGAGAAUAAUUUUAAAACUUUUAAAAUGUCUAAAUAUUUAUCGACUUACCAAAUCAUUAUAUUUGCAUACACAAGAUGAAAAAGCAAGAUUUGUUGUCUAUUUAAUAAAACAAAGAAAGAAGA